AUGACGGAGCCGCUGCCCACCGCCCUCAAGAUCCCAGAGGUGAGCCGGUUCAUCAACCGCGCAAACCAGCUGCGGACAGUCAAGCCCGCCAUUGCCUACUGGUGCGAAUACCAUGCCGUCAACCAGAUCGUCGGCAAGAGCCUCCACACGACCGACGACGACUGCUUCAACUUUACAAAGACGCUCAUCGAGCGCCUCGAGGCCACAAAGCUGGAGCGUGCCGACGACGAUGCCGUGGUCGACAACGACGCCGGCCAGGCCUACGUCGAGCAGUUUGCCCAGGAGACGUUUGGUCGCGCCGAGCGCACCCUGCGCGCCAACAAGGUGACGAGACAAACAGCCGAUACGUUCGACGCGGCUGCCACCUUCUUCGACCUCACCCGCGAAUGGGGCCCCCCCGACCCCGAGACCCUGCAAAAGAUCAAGUUUGCCAAGUGGAACGCCGCACGCAUCCUCAAGGCCAUCCGCGGGGGCAAAGACCCCAACGAAUCCAACCCCCAGCCCCCGGCCCAAGAGUUGGAGCCUGCGCUGAGCCUCGACGACCCCUCCGUCCAGCAUCUCCUCGGCCCGCGCCCGCUGCAGUCGACGGUCGAGGACAUGCCAGAUGCGAACGACGCCGGGCCUGAGCCGCCUGUGGCCCCUCCGCCGCUGGCCCAGGAGGGAUACUUCCCGCCCGACCCGUCUGCGCCGCCUGAUCUCACCGCUUUUGUCCCGAGCCCGCGCCCGGAAGCGCCCGGAGCACCGCCUCCCUUCUCCCCGCUGGCAAACCCGGCUCCAUUUGCCGGUCCUCAGGCCAACGCCCAGUCACCUCACCAAAUCCCGACCAAAUCCCCUCCUCAACUCGCGCCAUCUUCUCCGGGGGUUCUCGCCCCAGGAAUCUGGACCUCCCCAUCUUGGAGUCCGGUUGUCCCUCCUGCUGCUCUAGGGACUGCCCCCGCGGCAUUCACCCCGGCGGUCUCGGCGAUGAAUCAUCGGGAUAUCAACCAGGCACAAAAGCAUGCCAAGUGGGCCAUCUCGGCCUUGAACUUUGAGGACGUGCCCACGGCCGUCAAGGAGCUGAAGGAUGCCUUGGCCAUGCUGGGGGCACAAUGA